AGAGCUCGCGCCAGGUCGGACGCCGCACGCCGUCAGCAUGGGCAAAGGAGACCCCAACAAGCCGCGGGGCAAGAUGUCCUCGAACGCCUUCUUCGUGCAGACCUGCCGGGAGGAGCACAAGAAGAAGCACCCCGACUCCUCGGUCAACUUCGCCGAGUUCUCGAAGAAGUGCUCCGAGAGAUGGAAGACCAUGUCUGCAAAGGAGAAGUCGAAGUUUGAAGAUUUGGCCAAGAGCGACAAAGCUCGUUAUGACAGGGAGAUGAAGAAUUACGUUCCUCCCAAAGGGGAUAAGAAAGGGAAGAAAAAAGAUCCCAAUGCUCCGAAAAGACCACCGUCUGCCUUCUUCCUGUUUUGCUCUGAACGUCGCCCAGAGAUCAAAAGUGAACACCCGGGCCUGUCUAUUGGAGAUACUGCAAAGAAGCUGGGUGAGAUGUGGUCUGAACAAUCUGCCAAAGAUAAACAGCCGUAUGAGCAGAAGGCGGCUGAACUAAAGGAGAAGUAUGAAGAGGAUAUUGCUGCAUACCGCGCCAAGGGUAAAAGUGAAGCAGGAAAGAAGGGUCCUGGUAGGCCAACAGGCUCAAAGAAGAAGAAUGAACCAGAAGAUGAGGAGGAGGAGGAGGAAGAAGAAGAGGAGGAAGAUGAAGAGGAGGAAGAUGAGGAUGAAGAAUAAGUGGCUGUCCUAAAAUGUGUGGAGUGUUUGUGCUCAGGCAAUUAUUUUGCUAAGAAUGUGAAAUUCAAGUGCAGCUCAACAUUAGCUUCAGUAUAAAAACUGUACAGAUUUUUCUAUAGCUGAUGAGAUUCUUUGUAGAAAAAUACUUGUUUUUUUUUUUUUA